GUGGUUUUGUUGUUGUCUGAUUUUACUACUGGAUAUCGGCACUUACCCCUGCGCCAAGCCAUACCUCCGUUUUUUUUACAAGGUGAUUGAAGUGUGGCCUGCAGUGACAUCCAUCCCCUUCUCCCUAUUGGUCUUCUAUACCAUGAGCUCUGGCUCUGCCCAGGAUGUGGCAGUGGAGCAUUUCUUGCGUGACAUAGAGAGGCGGGGAAAGCGGCUACAUUGUGCUGUGAUCGGUUGCGAGGAGCAACGUCCCCGUGGCGACAUGAACCUGCUGUAUCGUAAGAGCCGGCUGGACUGGAGGCACAAGGACCAGGAAGGCAAUAAGAAGAGCUCCAGCCAGAAGGACCCCUCCUCAGCCACGGUGGGCAAGGUCCGUGACUUGGCAUCCUUCCGGCGCCACUUCCGCAUGGGCUUCAUGACCAUGCCUGCCUCCCAGGACUUGUCCCCUCACUCCUGUGCCUCCGCCAUGGCUCCCCGCUCCCAGUCCUGCCACGCCGUGGGCGCUGGAGACACAGGUCUGGAGAAUGGGGAAGAUUACUCUGACACCCAGUCACAGCACGGCGGGCGCUGCCCCCCUGCUAAACCCAAACGCCAUCCCAGCACCCGUCUCAGCUCCUCCUCGGACCCCAGAGCACCUCACGCCCCACCGGACGCCCCUCCGCCACCCCCGCCCACUCACCCGCAGGCCAAACACUCAGAGAAGAAGAACGCCAUGAAGAAGUCUGACUCAGGGGACAUGUCCAAAAAGGUGCCGCCUUUGAAGCCCAAACGAAGCCCCAGUACUCAGCUCUCGUUUGAGCCCCCAACUCCCUGUGUGCCCCCUCUUGCCACGCCCAUCCAGGGGGGUGAGGGUCAGCCUCAGGGGGGCGAUGAGCCCGUCUACAUAGAGAUGGUGGGCCAAGUGUUCACCAGGGAGAGCCAGACUGCCACCCCUCACCCUGUCACGCCCGUAGCCACCACGCCUGAUUCAGACUCAGACCAGAGCGAGGCCAUCUAUGAGGAGAUGAAGUACCCACUGCCAGAGGACAGAGAGGGACACAAACGCCUCCCUCUCAAACACGAGAGACUCAAAUCCUCCAAACACCACCACUCCUCCUCUGGCACGUCCGCCCAUCUACCUCGCCCCUCGUCCUCCCCCUCCUGCUCCAAACCUAAAGCCACAGUGUCCAUCUCCCACUCCUCGCCCCUCCCCUCCUCCACCUCCUCCACCCCUGUCCCCCAGCCCCUCUCCUCCAGCCCGCACCCCCCACGAGCCCCUACGCCCUACCUUCUCCAGGGGAACAAAUCAGAGACAGAGUCCACCAGUAAGAUCCCAGCCCCCUUCCCCAACCUGCUGCAGCACCGACCCCCGCUGCUCGCCUUCCCCCAGCCUGCUGCUGCCUCCAGUGGGGUCGGGGUCCAACACAAGGCUGCUUCUGCCAAACUGGGGACCAUCAGCAUUCAGACCUCCUCCAGUAUGACAGCUCCGUCUAGCGCCUCCUCCUCCUCCAUCACCACCUCCUCUAACCUCCCUGUUCCCCUGUCAGGCUCUAAGGAGUCUAAGGACAGAGACAGAGACAGCCAACUCGGCCCUGCACCAGGGCUAAGGGCCAGGAGCCACUCCACACCCCUGCCCCCUUCCUCUAAGUCCACCUCCCCCUAUUCCCACCACCACCACCAUCCCCACCCUCACCACCGCCCCUCACACUACCACCACUACCGCAAACCAGAAAGAGGAGACUCGCCCAACCCCAACACCAACAACAAGAAUGGCUCGGAGACCUUCUCCAAGUCCAUUGCCCAGACCCAGACCCAGGGCUCGGGCAAGGAGGGCAAGUCUGUGAGCUUCUGCUUGAAGUUAGACAAAGCAGAGAGGGACAGGGACAGAGAGAGGGAUAAGGACAGAGAGAGGGACAGAGAUGGUCACAGGGAUAGUCACAGAGACAGAGACAGGGACAGUGACAGAGAGCGACACAGGGAGAGAGACAGAGAAGCAGGGUUCCACUUUACCUCCUCUCAGGCUGAGAACACCACCAACAACCUUUCAUCCCAGACCAGUGCCAGUUCAGCCACAACCUCGUCCUCCUCCUCUUCCUCCCACUCUCGCCCUCACUCUCGCUCCCAACUCCACCGCUACCACACCCCCCACGGCCUACCCGCCUACAAGCCCCCCUCCUCAGACAGCCCCCUGCUCUGGACCUACCCCUCGGUGGGCUUCCGGAGACCCCCGGCGUACGACAGCCUGCGAGGAGGGUCUCAUCUGCCCUCCUUACACCUCCAGGGUCACGCUGAUGUGGCCUCCAAAAGCAGCACGGUGCCUGGGCCCGUCCAGGGGAAGGCUGGGUUCAUGCCCUGGGACAACAGUGGCUUUGGAGAUGAUGGAUCUUACUUGCCCAUGCAGAGGAAACUGUCCUUCAGCCAAGGCAGCAGAGAGACAGAGAGAGAGAAGGAUGAAGGGCGGGCGUGGAAUGGCAGUGCCGAUGCCCUCCUGAGGAUAGACAAGGAGGACCUGGGCCCUGGACGUCGAGGAGGAGGAGGCCACUCUGGGAUCCCAGUACGCUUCACUGGAGGGAGGGGGCUGGGCCACAGUGAGUCCCUGGCCGGGAUGGAGGGGGGGUCCUUGGGGUUCCGAGCCCUGCCUAGAGGGGGUCUCCCCCUCCCCUGCCAAACCUUUCCAGCCUGCCGCAAUGGAGAACUGGGUCGAUUGAGCCGCUCAUCAUCCACCUCUGGGGUGAGACAGGUGGGUGGAAGCGACGUUCAGCGGCAGAGCAGCCUGCCCCAUCGAGAGGUACUGAAUCAGUUGCAUGGGCUGUCCCAAUCCUCCCAAACACCCUGCAGUCCUAUCCUGUCCAGACAGCAGCAGCAGCUCCAGCUCCACCAGCAGCAGCUGCAGUUACAGCAACAGCUCCAGCAGCUGCAGCAGCAGCACCACCUCCAGCUGCAGUUCCAACACCUGGCCCAGCUGGCCCAGGGACACCCUCCCACCACCGGGGGCGCUGCCACGUCCGCAGCCCAAACCCAGAGGGAUGGCAAGCUGCUGGAGGUCAUUGAGAGGAAGCGCUGCCUAUGCAAAGAGAUCAAGGCCCACCGCCGCCCAGAAAAUAACCUAUGUAAGCAGGACAGCAUGCCCAUCCUGCCCAGCUGGAGACGGACCCCUGAGCCCCGGAAGACGGGCACGCCCCCCUGUCAGAGGCCCCAGGCCGUGGUGUGGGACACAGCCAUCUGAGGGGGGGGGGGG